UCCUCUCCAAUCUCACACCUUAACUUUUCUCUUGUCUUGAGCGUUCAAUCGAUGGCUGCAGCUGGUAGCGGCAGUUUCCAGUGCGGACGUCUUGCCUCGAAGCGUCUCAUGAUGCUCGUGGCCUUACUUCUCGUCUCCUGCUGUCUCGGGCAAGGCUUCGGCGAUGAGGAUCAUGUCGAGGUGGAGGGAAUCAGCAGCAGUUGCAUGGAGAGCGAGAGGAGAGCUCUCCUUGCCAUCAAAUCCGAUAUGUACGACCCCGGCGACAGGUUUUCUUCUUGGACCGGCAAAGAUUGCUGUGGGUGGAGAGGUGUGGCCUGCGACAACACCACGGGCCAUGUCACCAAGCUCGACCUCCGCUACCCCUAUACAGACGAUAUAUGGGAUACGUUUUGGAAACCAAUAGGCAUCAGCAAGGUAAAUCCAUCUUUGCAAGAACUGAAGCAUUUGGAGUAUUUGGAUUUGAGCGUGAAUAACUUCUUCCAUGCCCCUGUGCCUAAAAUGAUCGCUUCACUAGUCCACUUGGAAUAUCUCAACCUAUCUCAUGCCAUGUUCGAUGGACUGAUUCCUCCUCAGCUGGGAAACCUCUCCAACCUACACUAUCUCGAUCUUCAGGGAUGGUAUGAUGGUCAACUACACGUUGACGAUCUCGAUUGGCUCUCCCGUAUUCCUUAUCUAAAAUAUCUUGACAUGAGUUAUGUCAACCUCUCCAGGGCAACCAAUUGGCUUUCUGAAAUUAAUUCGAUCCCCACACUUGAACUGUUACGUUUGAGCGCUGCAGACCUGCCAUAUGUUCCAUCUCCUUUGCCCACUUUUAAUCUAACAGCCAUCUUAACGUUGGAUCUGUCUUCGAAUUUGAACAUGUCGACCAUGCUAAGAUGGUUUUCUAAUGCCACCAGUCUCGAGUACCUUCUUCUUUUUGGCACUACGAGUCAAUUUAUCGAUUCGGCAGGCACUGGGAGUCUCACUAUCGAGUCGGUCCAAAUUGCUCUAGGAGCUCUCAGUAAUCUAAAGGAAUUGGAUUUGUCAGACAACUCCCUUAAAGGAGAAAUUCUUGAAAUUCUGAAUAAUGUCCGUAGCAGGGACCUAAAGCAUCUAGACUUGAACUCGAAUUAUUUAUCCGGAGAUAUUCCACAAACUCUAUGGAGCCUUGGAAACCUGGAGUACCUCGACUUAUCAUGGAAUUUCAAUGUCACUGGACAUAUCCCAGCUUUGCCAGGGAAUCUCACAAGCUUGCGAUACUUAUCUUUGAAGGGCAAUUCGAUCACCGGAGAGAUACCAUCGAGCAUAGGCAACCUCACCAACUUGGUAUUCUUAGAUUUAUCAUCGAAUAAUAUUGUCGGAAGUAUUCCAGAGAUCAUCGGUGCUCUCAUCCAUAUACAGGUAUUAUAUCUCAAUCACAAUUAUAUUUCUGGACAAAUACCAGCAAUCAUUGGGGAUCUUCAAAACCUGCGUAAGUUGAUUUUAGAAGAUAACUUGAUUACUGGACAAAUACCUGAUACAAUUGGUGGACUCCAUAACUUGACGGACUUGGAUAUAUCAAAUAAUAAUUUAUCAGGUCAAAUACCAAGAACAAUGGGUGGUCUGUGCAACUUAACUUUGUUGGAUUUGUCUCAGAACAGCAUUGGUGGGGAGCUAACCAGUCUAUUUGAUGGUUUAUCUGCCUGCGCACAACGGACGUCUUUACUAUCCAUACAUAUGGAUCGUAACCGUUUAAGCGGUACUAUUCCUUCAAGUAUCGGUCGAGUAUCUCAAUUACAAUAUCUAUACCUCUCCUCAAACUCUCUAGUAGGUAACAUCACCGAAGCACACUUUUCUAAUCUUACAAACUUACUCGGAUUUACAAUAUCUUUCAACUCCUUGAACGUGAUCUUACCAAAUGAUUGGCAUCCCCCUUUUAAUGUCGAAUUCAUUGGCAUGAGCUUUUGUCAUUUAGGAGCUGAAUUGCCUGAUUGGCUUCAAACUCAGACGCAAUUAACAAAUCUAUAUCUAUGUGGAGUUGGACUCUCGGGCAACCUCCUGAUUUGGUUUUCAAAUUUCUCGAGAGGGUUGUAGAGUCUAACAAUUUACAAGGUCAAUUACCUUCUGCUCCCCAAUCAAUGUUGGAUCUCUCCAAUAACUCAUUUGUGGGACCUAUUCCCCUAAGUUUUGCAAAAGAUACAAGUCUCUCUCUAUUAUCUUUGUCUCAUAACCGUAUCAAUGGUAAUCUGCCUCCCUUCUUUUGUGAUAUAGUAAUUCAGAUUCUUGACCUAUCUAACAAUUACUUAAUUGGAGAAGUCCCGAAUUGUUAUUACUCAUUCCCAACCUCUUUACCAUCUUUACAUUUGAAUAAUAACAAUCUAUCUGGAACAAUUCCUCUGUUUUUGAAACAUUGUGACCAAUUAGUUACCCUUGAUCUUGGUGAAAAUAAAUUGCAUGGCAGAAUUCCAACAUGGAUAGGAAGAAACCUCUCGUCGUUGAGAGUUCUUCGUCUGAGGUCAAACUUUCUAAAUGGUACCAUCCCAAUGAAUAUAGUGAAUCUCACUUCUCUCCAGGUAUUGGAUCUUUCUUCCAACAAUCUAACUGGCAGUCUACCAUCAUCUCUAGGAAAUUUCAGGGCCAUGGUUGAGAUACAAAAUGAUAUCAGGUCAAUGCUUCAUAUCGAAACAUAUUAUUAUAGCGAGAGCAGCUUCAUAACCACAAAAGGAUCAACGUUCGAUUACACUACCAUUCUGUCGCUGGUGACAUGCAUAGACUUGUCAAAUAAUCAUCUCUCUGGUGAAAUCCCAAAAGAACUGACGAAGCUUCUCGGAUAGCGCUUCCUAAACUUAUCCAACAAUCAUUUGACGGGGAGGAUUCCAGAAAACAUUGGUGACAUGAAAACAUUGGAAUCGCUUGACUUAUCUGUGAACAGUCUGAUAGGGGAGAUACCUUCGAGCUUUUCUGCUAUGCAUUUCCUGGAACGUUUGAAUCUGUCUUACAACAACUUAUCAGGAAAAAUACCCACGAGUGGUCAAUUGUCGACCUUUGACUCUUCGACAUAUGUGGGUAAUAAAGGCCUUUGCGGUAUGCCACUGCCAGAUUGCCCUGUUUAUCAAACUCCACCUGACGCCAGAGUUAAACAUGAAGAUGAUGAGAAGCUCGACAAAUUAUUGGAGUACACCAGUAUUGUGGUUGGGUUUGUGGUCGGCUUUUGGCUGUUUAUUGGCACACUCAUCAUGAAGCAGGCCAUCAGAUUUGCUUUCUUCCGACGGAUCGACAAGACCAGUGACUGGAUCUAUGUUCAGUUUGCAGUUAAGCUUGCGAAGCUCAAAUCCAAAUGGCAAACGAUGACAUGAACUGCCGGACUCGAAGAACUUUGUUUUAGGUGUUACCAGAAUGCUUUAUAUAAGUUCCCGAUUUGCUGCUAUUUUGGGGUUUCUAUAAUAAAAAGAAGAUUGCCGCCAGUUCAGCUGAUGCAGGAGUCAAACUAGAAGAAGAUGAUGAUGGAGAUACGCUUGAAACAAUAAUAUUAGAUGUUACUAGCGUUGUCGUGGGAUUCAUAGUUGUUUCUGGGGUUUCUAUUGGCGUAGUGAUCAUGAAGCAAGGCUCAAGGAUUACUCUCUUCCAACAAAAUGACAACAUUUAUGGCUGGAUGCAGAUAUGUGCAGCUGAAAGCUGAAGCCCAAAAUAAAGACGAAGAAUCAAUUGAACUGUGGCUAAGUGCUAAGACUGUCUAUGUAGACUUCAUGUAUUUAUAUGUUCUAGUGUUUUAUUUCAUGAAUGACCAUUUGGUGUUGUCCAGAAAUAAGGUUAUUGUUUAAAGAUAACAUCUGAGACAUGGCAUCAGGAUUGCUCUGUUCCAGUUGAUCGACAGGACUUGUGAUUGGAUCUAUGUGCAGGUGGCAGUAAAGCUCAAGGAACCGAAAUGCAAAUGGCGAAGAAUGACUUGAAGAAUCGCUAAGCAACUCAAGCUCAUGUCAUCCUCUUCAUGUUAUGCUGUAUUUAUGUUUCAUGUAAUUGUUGUAGUCUCUUUAGAGUCUUAAAUCUAUUGGCAUCUUGCUGCUGGUUUUUAGUGCA